AUGUCGAACGUACGGAGCCUGAAUGAUCUGAAAGGUGGUGAGGGACCUCCUGGCGCAGGAGGUGGUCACGGACCUCCCUCGGGACCUCCUGGUGGCGGUGGUGGUGGCGGUGGUGGCGGGUUCCCCUUCGACCUGGGGGCGCUGCUGGGCGGGCUGGGCGGGCUGGGCGGUGGUGGCCGCGGCGGUCGUGGGGGUGGCGGCGGGCACGGCCGGGUGAAGGUGAUCGGCAGCAAGCAGGAGUUCAAGGCCGAGCUCAGCGCCCACCCGCGGGGCCUCGUCGUAGUUGACUUCUCCGCCACCUGGUGCGGGCCGUGCCAGAGAAUGGCUCCGCUCUACGCCGAGUUCAGCACCACCUACCCCAACGUCCGCUUCCUCGAGGUGGACGUGGACCGGGUACCCGAUGUGGCGCAGGAGUGCGGGGUGACGGCCAUGCCCACCUUCCACUUCUACCAGGGCGGCCGCAAGGUGGACGAGCUGCGCGGCGCCGAUCCCAACCGGCUGCAGGACCUCAUCAAGCGCCACGGCGCCACCUCGACCCUCUCUGGCGGCGGUGGCGGCGGCGGCAGCGACGGCUUUGGCGGCGGAGGCUCGGGCUACCGCCUGGGCGGCGGCGGCGAUGGCGAUGGCGGCGCAACCACUGCGGCGCCUGCGGUGAGCCGCGGUGGGGGUAGAGGCGCGCAACGGACUGGCGACGCGGAGGCGGUGGUGCAGUCGGUGAUGGGCCUGGGCUUCUCGCGCGGGGCCGCGCUGGCGGGCAUCCAGGCCACGGGCACGACCGAGCUCGAGAGCGUCGUGGACUGGGUGCUCCAGAACCGGUCGCUCGCGGAUACCCCCGAAGAGGAGAGAGGCAGCGGUGGUGGAGGUGAGGAGGAGCCCAACACGACCUCGGCUCCUUCCGCACAGCCUGUCGCCACCGCUGCUGCGAGUGGUCCCAAGACCACGCUGGCCAUCAGGCUCACGGACGGCUCCACGCUCAAGCACGAAUUUAACGGUGGAGACAGACUGCUGGCUGUGCACGACUUCAUUGCCAGGCACCGAACCGACGGGAGUGCGGGCUUCGAUCUGAUGACGCCCUACCCACGCAAGAUCUUUGGCGCAGCUGACCUUGACCGCACGCUGGCCGAGCUCGACCUCGUGCCCAACGCCAACCUCAUUCUGCACAAGAAGUAG